AUGGACGAGCUGAGCGAAGAGGAGCGGGUGAUCGACGACCAGAACAUCGACAUACGGAAUAGAGGAUGGAACUUCCUUAUCCCAAUCGGUCGCACUUGGACGCAGCACGAGGAGAAGAACGAUGCUGACGACGCUUCGGAGGGUUCGGAUGGGUCAGACCGGUCUGGAGAGGGUGGAUCGCUUAUGGAGGAAGAAGAAAACUCUCAGUCCUCGGAAGAGGAAGAGGAGGAAGACCUCGAUGCGGAUAUGGAGGACCUCGACCGCACCGCGGAUGCGUCUGGAGACAUGAGCGAAGAGAUGGGCAGCGAGGAAGAGGGCUCGGAUGAUGAGGAUGCCGAGUCUGAACCAUGA